UGAGCGUCACGUGGACGGGAAAGAGGAAGGACGCAGGCGCGUGCUUUCGGUUGCCUGGUCCGCGGAGAAGCGUGCGAAGCGGUGCCGGUCCAAGGAGUCCUUGUGAGGGAUUCCGGCAGCAGAGGUGAUGGCGCAGGUCCUGAACCUCAACAAUGAGGUUGUGAAGAUGAGAAGAGAUGUGAAGAAGGCCAGAGUUUUAACAAUUCGUAAGCUUACUCGACACAUUUCAAAACUGAAGGCAAAAAAGGGUACUGAAGAUGCAAUACUGAAAAAUCAUAAACGUGCACAGAGAUUACUGGAAGAAAUUCAUGCUAUGAAGGAAAUAAAACUUGAUCAAGUUACCAAACUAGCUCUUGGUGGAGAAAUUAAUUUUGAACUUGUCUGCAAAAAGCCUGAUUCUACAGCAACAGACAGAGCAAUUGCUAGACUGACAACUCACCCACUGCUGAAGACAAAAAUUGCUGUCAUUAAAGCUGCUGUAAAAGCCUUCAAAGAUUCAAGAAAGAAGCCAGCUAGAACGAUUUCUUUGGAAAAGCAUAAAUCAGAAGAACAGCUUACCAAACAACCUGAGGUGACCCAGCAUUCCAGUAACAGUGAAUGUAACCAAAUGUUUAAACAAGGAAGAAUAGAAGUGAGAGAGAAGUCAGACACUGACAAGAGAAAGAAGCAAAUCUGUAAGAAAGAGAAGCAAAAAACUGUGGACAGUGAAAAAAAAUGGGCCUCAGUUGAUUCUACAUUGCAAGCUUUCAAGCAUCAUAAAUUAGUUUCUAAGAGUCAACUGGAAAUGAUGGUAUGUCCAGAAAGAAAGAAAUGUCUAGGUGAUCUUCUUAAUGGGGCAGAAGAUGAAUCAGAUAGUGGUGCAAGUAACACUGAAGAAGAUGCAGCAGAAAAGUACUUUGAUGACAGCACUGAAGAGAGAUUCUAUAAUCAGUCUUCUGGCUCUGAUGAAAGUGAUGAUAAUGAUGAUUUCUUCAUUGGCAAAGUAAAGAGGAUGAAAAAGAAGGGUGCAGCUGAUCUUUCAUCACUGGCCAAAGAUAAAAACAAGACCAUAAUAAAAGAAAAGGGUUCACAAACUGACACAGUGCAAGAUCCAGACAUACAAGGCAGCUAUCCAAGGGCAAAAGCCAGGAAGCUAGAAUCCGUAUUUUACACUUCAUUGUCCAACUUGAAACAGAAACCCAAGAAUGUAAAAAGAACUCCUAUAGACCAUCUUUCCAAAAACAAAAUGAUGGUUUUUGAAAGAAAAUGCCCUGAGAAACAGUUGCCCAAAUGUGCAGGUACAAAGCAAGAGCUUAAGAGAAAACAAUCAGCACAACCUCUUCAUCCUUCAUGGGAAGCAAGCAGGAAGCGUCGAGAGCAGACUUCUCAGAUCACAGUGUUCCAAGGAAAGAAGAUUAUAUUUGAAGACUGAUUUUUUUUCUUGUAAGUCCAGACUGCUGCACCUUUAACAUAUCUCAGAGAGGAAUUUUGCUUGCAGCCCCCCCACCCCAAAGCCACUUCUGAAGGUCAAGAGAGCCUUGUUAUUAGGAUGGGAAGUGGUAAGAGCCAAAAGCUUUCAGGAGAAAGGAAAAUCCCCAUCAUUCCCUGAUGACCUCAACUUUUGCAAAGAAUUUUCAAAGGAGAAUGAGGCUAUGUGGGGAAAAGAAGUCAGCAACGUAUCUUUCACAAACUCUGUUCUCCUUGCAGUAGUUAAUGUCUAAGCAAUGUAAGAUAAACAUUAAGAUUUUGUGGACAAAAUCAUUUUUAAUGUAAUUUUCAUUUUUCUAACUUUAUUGUAUAAAGUUCUGACAGCUGUAAAUUUGUUCCUGGGUUCAGGAGAUCCAUCUGGUUGAUUAGCCAUGUAGGUUGAGAGGCUGCAGUGGGGAAGGAGAAGGGAGACGAAAUUUCCCAUGUUUCCUCAUUCCCCCUUCUCAUUUUAGCUCAGUGAUCCACAUGGCUUCCACAACCACAGGAAUAAACGUUUUUGGAGUCAAAAAUGGCUGCUGGAGGGCAGGGGGAAAAUCUUUGUUUUGGAUCCAACCCAGUAACUGUAAGAGCCUUUUUAAAAAAAUAGUCCUCUUGGAACAUGUCUCUCAGCGAGUGUACUUAAAGGGAAAUUGCUUGAAGGGACUUGAAGGGAAAUUGCCUGAAAAGUGACAUAUUUGUUUCUUGGGCGCCAGUCUUUGGAAAUCUUAUUGACAGAUGUCCAUGUAUAUAUGUACAUACACUUUUUGUACUUAAAGUCUUCUAUCUCUUGGUUUUUCUAAAAUGUCAUUUUUCAUUUGUAUUUUUAAAUUAAGGAAGCCAUUGACUUGCAAACAGGUGGAUAAAUUCUGAAGUAUUUAGACCUAAAGAA